AUAAUUAUGUUGUUAAGGCCCAAUAUUCUCAACGCACCGCGACUCUCCUUCUCGCCUCCGGACACCACCGUUGGUUGCGCCAAAAGCAGGUGAACUGUGUUUGCAAGCUUAACCUGUUGCGGAAAGGCUUCAUAUCAGUACUCAAGGUUUGAAUCAAUUUUCACUUGGAAGUCUUCUUGAGUUUGUCAAACAAAAGAGAUGGGUAAAGCGAAGAAGGGCCCCAAAUUUGCGGUCAUGAAGAAGCUCGUCACCGCCAAAGCAGUCAAAAAUUAUAAAGAAGAGGUGUUGAACCCUAAGAAGAAGGACCUUAGCAAGGAAAAGUUGCCCAGAAACGUGUAUCCCUUAUUAUCCUUAUCGCUGUUCUUUGCACACAACACUGAUUUGGGACCUCCUUAUCGUGUUUUGGUUGACACCAACUUUAUCAAUUUCUCCAUUCAGAACAAACUGGACUUGGAGAAGGGAAUGAUGGACUGUUUAUAUGCGAAAUGUACUCCUUGUAUCACAGAUUGUGUGAUGGCGGAACUUGAGAAAUUAGGUCAGAAAUAUCGUGUGGCUCUCAGGAUUGCAAAGGAUCCUAGAUUUGAUAGGUUACCCUGUACUCACAAAGGGACCUAUGCAGAUGAUUGCAUUGUUGAGAGAGUGACUGAGUUUAGGUGCUUCAUUGUUGCAACAUGUGAUCGAGACUUGAAGCGCAGGAUUCGCAAGAUUCCUGGUGUACCAAUCAUGUACAUCACUAAACACAAGUAUUCAAUUGAGCGCUUGCCGGAGGCAACAAUUGGGGGAGCUCCAAGAAUUUGAUCAUGUGGGUUGAUGGUUAAUCCAUAACAGAUGAUAGAAGUUAAUCUCCAUUGAUGUGGGAGUUUGAUUGAUGUUAAUCUCCUGGUUUUUUGUCUAAUCUCUCUCUCUCUCUCUCUCUCUCUCUCUCUCUCUCUGUGUUUUUUUUGGCCAAAACCAUUUAUAGAUAGAUGUUUAAUUAAUGGUUGAAUGAUGUUGGGAGUUUUUUUUUUUUUUUUAAUUGUCCAACUGAUAUUUUAUUGAUGAUUAAUGGUUAUCAUGUAUCAAUGUCAACAAUUGCCAUAUAAACGAAAAAAAUGUUGACAAAUAAUAUUUUGG